AAUGGCCCAGUCAGGUUUAUCUUCUCAGGGUGCAGUCAUGCCUGAAAUAAGUCUGAAGAAUCUGGUCUCACUUGCUCAACCUGUUGCUGAAGGAAAGGGUAAAGAAAAACGAUAUAGAAAGACAGAGGACUCAGAAAGACAGAUCCAGAAAUACAAGAGGGACAGAAAGAGACCUUGAAGAUGUCUGAAUGAGGGAAAUGGACACAGUUAAAUCCAGUAAUCCAUCAAAAGGACCGGAACUGAGCAAUGUCAUGGCCCCAGAGGAAACUGCCCUCGGUGACAAGAGUGACAGACAGCGGGAGGAAGAGAGAGAGGCAGACACAGACACUCCUGAUGGACUUGCAGUACUGUCAGUCGGUCAGCGGAGGGCACGACAGAAACACAGAUACAACACUGUAGGCUACCAGAAAAAGAAGCAGAGGACAGCUAUGGACUUUUCUACAGUGAGCAAGGGAACAUCUGCUGGGGCGAAGAGCAGGGGUGCAUUAAAGCAGGCACUUUUUAGCCAGGGAGUGUCUGACAGAAAUGGCACAUUUGAGGAACGAUCAGGUGGUGUACAGGGGCAGCUGGACGCGUUGAAACAGGUUUUGGACUUAUUCAGUACACCUGAGGACCUGAGGUGGACAUGGGGCGAGCGAGGUACUGAGAAAGCACUGGAAAAGAGCUGGACAGACAUAGUGGACUCUCAUGAGUCCAUGUCAAAACCCCAGCGGCACCAGCAGGAGGCGCUGUGGGAGCUUAUUAAUACCGAGCUAUCCUACAUCAACAAACUCACUAUUGCCAAAGAAUUUGUGAUGGCAGCACUGUCACACUGUCACAGACAUGGAUUCCUUCAGGAGGUCAGCCCCACAAUGCUCUUUUCCAAUCUUCCUUCUAUCCUUGAAGCACAUCAAAUCUUUUGGCGUGAAGUGAUGUAUCCAAUGUUACAAGAGGUCCGUCUCACUGGAAGACCGUUCGACCCUCUCAGACUCGAGGCAGGAUGUUUGCAGUUUCCUGACCGUUUUCCUGCAUACUUUGAAUACUGUUUGGAGCAGGAGAGAAAUGUGGAGCUGACACGCAGACAGCUCGACACAAACCCACAUUUUCACACCUAUCUUACGUGGGUGGAGAAUCAUCCCCAGUGUGGGCGAAUGCGUCUGGGCGAUAUGCAGGCCAAACCACACCAGAGGAUCACCAAGUACCCUCUUUUACUGAAAGCUGUUCAGAAGACCACAGAAGACCACCCCACCAAAAACGCACUUGAGAGAAUGUUGUACAGUGUCAGUCAUUUUCUAGAAUCUAUCAAUGGCUAUUUGCAGCUGAAAGAAGAUACUCUUGCCCUCUCUGUUGCUGCUCAAAGAAUAGAGGGAUGCAAACUAGAAGGUCUGAGUGAAGAAAUAGACAAGUACGUCCGUGAGUUCUGCUGCUUUGAUUUGAUGAGGCCGGUGAGGGGGGUGGGGCCAAAUGUCAUAAGGAAGCAACUAAUGGAAGAAACGUUGAAGGUCAGAAUAAGAAAGGACACCAAGGAGCUUGUGGUCCUGCUCUUCACUGAUGUGUUGCUGAUGACCAAAACGCAGAAGAAAUCAGACAAGCUGAAGGUAGUGCGUCCCCCUCUGCCUCUGGAGAGAAUACACUGCAUUGAGCUCAAAGAUGGAUAUUCGUUUGUGCUGGUGGAGGUCGGUGAUCUAGGAUGUGCUGUCAGUGUGAACUUCCUGUCCACACCGAGUCCAGACAGCUGCACGUCAUGGGUGUCUGCUCUGCGUGAGACUCAGGCGGCCUUAGAGACCUUGAGGAAAAAUGAGACCAACAAAACACUGAAGACAACAAGUACGACAAAGUUUGGUGGUUCAGAGAGACUUCCCACUCAGGACGAACUGUCUGACAAAGUCAUAGAGGAUCCUGAUGACCAAUCAGUAUCUGAUAGAUCUGAUAGUGAUUUUGAGUCGGGGAGGCUAUAUCCUUACCAUGGGGGAAAGUCUGAUGAAGAAAUGUUGAUAGAAGAAGAGCAAAGUAAGGUUCAGCAGCUGCCAGAGGAUAGAAACUCUCCACUGAUUGGCCAAUCGAAUGAAGUUGCGGCAACGACUAAUUUAGAUGGAUUAAAAACUGAAAAAGGAACAAAAAUAUCAGAAAGGCGAGUUACAUGGAAACGUGGGCGAUGGUCAUCUGUAAAUUCUAAUGACAUUACACAACAGGACUUACUUGUGAGAAACCAGUUGAAUGGAUCAUACUUGAUGCCUGGUGGAGAUGUGGAGAACAAUAGCACUUCUAUUCAAUCCCUGCCAAGCACUUCUGCAUCAAACAAGUCUCUAAUAACUGCAUCGUCAUAUGGGACAACUGCAGAAACAGAGGAACCAGUGCAUCAGGAUCCAGAUGAUGACUCUGAAGAAAUCAGGAGGAACUCUUUAUACAGUCAGUCAGGAGAUGACCAAGGGCUCCUCACAGAAUCACGGAGGUUCUCCCGGAAACUGAAGUCGCCUCGCAUUUGGAAAAAACGGGCCAGUAAUUUGCAACCGUCUGUUCCCUCAGACAUUUCCAGGACAGAUGUGAACGGAUUGGAACUUACUCCCAAUUCAAACUCCAAUGGAAACCAGAGAAGAGCAUCCAACCCUGUGAACAGUUUAGAACUCGCCUCCGAAGCAAACUCCAGAGGAAGCCAGAGAAGAGCAUCCACCCCUUGCAUUAAACCCCAAGAUUCCCCCCGAGUGCUAAAGCUGGGAUCUCUAAAAAACAACCAUGGCACUUUAUGGUAUGUUCCUGAAAAAAGCUUGUCACCAGACCCUCAGACGCACUCUGAACCUGAGCAGACGUGUGAUGGGAAUGUUAAAAUGAAACCAAUCAAACUGAAGACACGGAGGAGAGCCUCCAACCCGAAAAUCAGCUCCUCUCAGAGUUCCCUUCCACCUUCUCACAGACGCAGCCCCUCGCCCCCAGCAGGCCUGGACCCCCAGAUUCCCCCUUCUCCACUCCAGGGCCUACUGCAGAGAGCAAAGGAACGGGAAAGAGAACGUGGACUGGGAAAAAGAGAGGGAAGGAAAAAAAUCCCUCUACAAAGUUCUCCUACUGUUUCUGCCUCUCCAUCACCGUCAGUUAGUGAAGGAGAGAGAGCGGCAGAAAGAGAGGAGUCGACAGAAGAUGGGAUGACAUCUGCUCAUGGAUGGAGAGAGGGGAACGUGGAUGGAAGUGAGGAUGAGAUGACAGACAGCAGUAAUGUCCUAGAGGGCAUCAGCGUGGACUGGCCAGGCUGGUGUUUUGAUGAUGAGGAGGUGUUUGACUUUGAGGACUUAGAAGAUGAAGACUGGUUUAACACGACGCUGAACACAAACGAGCCCGGCAGGUCAGAGACCAAACCGUCAGAGAGGCAAGAUGAAACCGAAUGUAGUGAGGUGUAGACUAUUAAAUCUGUAAAGCACUUGGAGAAAUACAAUGUAUAUUUAUUUUGUGUUGUUUAAGGAUUAUGCAGCAUGACUAUUAUGGUCAAAUAUAUUUGAGUGAUACAUACAGCCUGCACAAGGUUUUUUUAUUUUAUUUUUUAUGAAAGAUGAAUUUUGUGUCUAUUGUUAUUAAUAUAUUUACUUAAAUAUAUCUACUGUAUGUACAGAAUGUUUUCUCUGUAUAGCGAUAUCAAGAACCUGUUAAUAUUGUAUUUACUGUGCAAAAGAAACAAAAAUCAAUUAAAACAUGAUAUAUGAA